AUGCAGGGGUGGGGACUUGUAGAGUACAGCCGAGCACAAGACAAGAGCUGCAGUUCUGAAAAUCUGCACAAGGUCAGCCGUAUGUCACUCUGCAGCAUGUUGUUGCUGUCGCGCGUGCAGCACAUAGUAACCACACAAGUGAAUGAUUGGACAGAGCGGCCGUUUCAUGGCUGUGCUCUCCUGUGGUUCUGUGUUCCUCUGAGCUAUGGCCCCUUGUGGCAGCAGAAUGCUGCCUUGCAGAGAUGUUGUGUGCGCACAUCACCUGCCCUUGCCGCUGAGUACAUACUUUUGCUAAAAAUUGCGUGCACCACACCGCAGUACUGCCCAACUGCAAACCUGCUGCACGACCCAACAUUACGUCUGUUGUGCACUGGGGUCCCAUGGAUCGCCCUCCACCCGCCCGAUAUGCUAUUCCCCAGAAUCGUGCAAACGUGUAGGCGGUCGGCGGGUUUUUACUUGUACCAGACCUAUUCACAAUCUUAUUCGUAG